GACCACAGGCAGGUUUCACUUAAUCUGAAGGCACAGUGAAAUUUAAUCCCGGCAGUGUGUUUUCCCAGCUAAAUCGGACAUUUUUGUUUGUUUGCCUCGUGCCCUCCGCUCACCCUCCUCCCCCGGCGGGGUGAGCAGUUCCCGCCCCUCGCCCCCCCCCCUCCUCCCCCCGGCAGCCUCCGCCUCUCUGCUCGGUCUGUCAUCCGCUCCGCUGUUGUUGCAGCCAUUUUACCGUGGAGCGUCGGCACAGCGGCGACCGGAGGAUGCCGACACAGCACCGUUAAAAGUGGAUAGACUGACCAGUCUGGUCUAAUGAACAGCAUGAACUGAGGAAGCCAUUUGGAGGAGGGACGAAACGUCUUCUGGACAUAUAACUCAGUCCAGCUGACCUGAUUCAGUUUCCAUGAGAUGCCUAAGACCUGGACGAAUGAGAAUCAGGAUGAGCAACAUGGCUGAUGCCGUGAGAGGACCCGCGGUCAGCCGGCCAUUGGCGUACGCCACGGAGGAGCACCGAGCUGUUCACUCCUGGUCGCGGAUCUCAACGGCCGGGCACAGUGUCCUGCUGGAGGCGCUGCAGAUCCUCAGCCCAAUGUCUCGCGAUCUCUCCAACACCGAGGAGCUGGUCACCUUUCUGCAGGAGCUGAGCACCGAGGGCCACAAGCCCACGGUGCUGUGCAGCAAAGAUGUGUACGGCUACCGCUCCUGCAUGAGCCGGCCCCUGACUGUCGACAUGCUGAAGCCGCCAGAGAAGCCCCCGAGACCGACCGCCAAGAGGAGGGCGAGGCGGCCUCUGGCUAAGAAGAGAGAGGUGCACCCGUCCUGGAACACCUCCGAGAGGAGCAACCCCAGGAUACAAGGGAUCCGGCCCCCGGCGCUGCUGGUGGACCACCGCACCGUCAUCUGCAGCAGGACGCCCGUCCGGACCACGGAGGCGUCGUGGGCGACGCAGGCGCAGCCGUGCCUCAGACUGACCAACAUCCAGGGCGUGUCAGGCGGGCACACCGCCAGACUGCAGAUCCACACCACCUGGGACUCUCCCUCCCCCGCCGUCUUUUCACAGCAGCAGCACCCCCCAACACUUUCAGGAAUACCGUCGCAGCCUUCUCAGAACGGCGGGGGGGCGCCGACCACAGCCGUGGCCUUGUUCAGCCAGAAGAGCCUGUCUUGCCCCGUCCGCCUGGACUCUGCCCUCAUCGGGGACUCGGCGCCGGUCUUUUAUUUCAACGGCCGGGCUUUCUCACAGACUCACACUGAGCUGACCAGCAACGGCUGGAGGGGCAAUGGGCUGCACCAGCCCUGCCGGACCCCCAGGGAAGCCAACCAGUCACAGAGCAGCAAUCCGGGUGGACAGAGAAACAGCUGGAAGGAAAAGAACAGUCUGAGGUGGAAAGUCGUCAAGGUGGAUGACUCGCGCUCGGUGGCUGAGGCCCGCAGGAAAGCCCAGAAGAUCCUCCAGGUGAACCUGUCGCCGGUGAUCCAGAUCCAGCCUUUUGUGUUUAGAGACUUCAGACUCCAGAACAAGUGACAGCGGUCACCUCACCUUCUGUCUCACAUCUGUAUGCCGCUCUGUGGAUCAGCCUCAGUGCUAACAGCAACAAGUCUUACCGGAGUUUAGUUACCUGCCGGGUUUAAGUUAGGGCGGGUCCGUCUGUCCAAAGUUCUAACAGUGAAGAAGGGUCGCAUAUUGGUUCUUAAAGGCGAUAGGAAUCAAAAGUAUUGGGCGACUCUUGAGGCAAGGUGAUGCUUUUCCUAGCGGGCUGGGAAACGUCUGCCAGCUGGUGGCAGGCACAUUUUGACUGUCUGGCCAGCACGGCCAGACACUGUGACAGGUAACCACCUGCCAUCUGCAGGUCCUCUUCUGUUAUAAAUUGACUGGUAGCUAGUGACGUGUGCUGAUGAAUCACGGGGAUGCCGCAGCCGUCAUGGCUCUUGGACAAAAAGGUUAAUGUUUUGCCUUUUUUCCAAAACCACUUUGUCAGGUCUCCACCAGUCUCCUCUGUCGCAGCUAGCGGCUGCUUUUUGAAGACUUGAGUUUGAAGCUUGGCACGCUCUUGCUAAAAGUUUGUUUUACACUUGCCGUUUGCUAAAUGACCACCUGUAAGCUCCUGCUUUCUUUGGAAACCAGGAGGAGGUGAAGCCGCUGAAGGGAGGAGGAGGGUCCUGGUGGACAUCGUCUUCAGUGGAACCAGCUGUGGUUGGUUUGUUUCUCAAACUUGUUUCUGGAAAGAGUUUCUUUUGAGGAAA